AUGCCGGUCAGACGGGGGCACGUGGCGCCGCAGAACACUUUCUUGGACACUAUCAUCCGGAAAUUCGAGGGCCAGAACCGCAAGUUCAUCAUCGCCAACGCGCGGGUGGAGAACUGCGCCAUCAUCUUCUGCAAUGACGGCUUCUGCGGGAUGUGCGGCUACACGCGGGCCGAGGUCAUGCAGAAGCCCUGCACCUGCAACUUCCUGUACGGCCCGCGCACCAAGCGGCUGGCCGUGGUCCAGAUGGCCCAGGCGCUGCUGGGCUCAGAGGAGAGGAAGGUGGAGAUCUCCCUCUACAGGAAAGACGGUGUGUGUUUGCCCUGCCUGGUGGACGUGGUUCCUGUGAAGAACGAAGAGAGCGUGGUCAUCAUGUUCAUCCUCAACUUUGAGCUGGCGACCGAGAGCAAACCUCACAGCUCCCCGGGUCGGGACAUCCGGCGCAAGCUGCCCAUUCCCUGGAUCUCCUCAGCGAGGAGGUGCGGGCUGAAACUGCGCCUCCCCCUCCUCCGCUCCGGCAGCGUCCGAAAGCAGUCCCUGCAGGACGACCCCGAGGCGGGGUGCCGGCGGGGCUCCUCCCCCCGCGCCCGCGCGGGGUCCCUGGGCGAGCUCCUGACCCCGCCGGAGCACCCGCGCCUGGGCAGCCCGGCGCUGCUGUGGCCCGAGCGCCCCCUGCUGGACAGCAAGCCGCCCUCGCCGCUCCCCCUGCCCCUCCCGCUGGCCAUCCCGCAGUCCUCCUUCCAGCUGCACCGCCUGGACCCCAGCGCCUCGCUCUCCAGCUGCAGCCUGGUGCCCAGCCGCUCGCACGACAGCGUGCACAGCCUGCGCCGCGUCUCCUCCGUCGACGACAUCGAGUCCCUGCGGCCCGACUGGGACAGGAGGCCGCCCGCGCGCUGCGUCAGCACAGGGGUGAUGAACCACAAGUCCCCCAUGCCGAACUCCACGUCCGACUCGGACCUGGUGCGCUACCGCGCCCUCAGCGCCAUCCCCCAGAUCACCCUCAACUUCGUGGACUUCAAGCCCGACCCCUUCAUCGCCCUGCCGGCGGGCGACGUGGACAUCAUCGCCCCGUGCAAGCUGAUAGACCGCACGCACAACGUCACCGAGAAAGUCACGCAGGUGCUGUCGCUAGGCGCCGACGUAUUGCCUGAGUACAAGCUCCAGGCCCCCCGCAUCCACAAGUGGACCAUCCUCCACUACAGCCCCUUCAAGGCGGUGUGGGACUGGCUGAUCCUCCUGCUGGUCAUCUACACGGCCAUCUUCACGCCCUACUCGGCCGCCUUCCUGCUGAGUGACGAGGAGGACCCGGCCCUGCAGAGCUGCAUCUACUCCUGCAGCCCGCUCAACGUGGUGGACCUCAUCGUGGACAUCAUGUUCAUCAUCGACAUCGUCAUCAACUUCCGCACCACGUACGUCAACUCCAACGACGAGGUGGUGAGCCAGCCCGGGCGCAUCGCCGUCCAUUACUUCAAAGGUUGGUUCCUCAUCGACAUGGUGGCAGCUAUUCCCUUCGACCUGCUCAUCUACCGCUCUGGAGAGGAGACGACGACUCUGAUUGGCCUGCUGAAGACGGCCCGGCUGCUGCGGUUGGUGCGCGUGGCGCGGAAGCUGGACCGCUACUCUGAGUAUGGCGCGGCGGUGCUCUUCCUGCUCAUGUGCACCUUCGCCCUCAUCGCCCACUGGCUGGCCUGCAUCUGGUACGCCAUCGGCAACGUGGAGCACUCGGCCGCCAACCGCAUCGGCUGGCUGGACUCGCUCGGCGAGCAGCUGGGAAAGCACUACAAUGACACCAUCCCCGGGUCCGGGCCCUCCAUCAAGGACAAGUACGUCACGGCGCUCUACUUCACCUUCAGCAGCCUGACCAGCGUGGGCUUCGGCAACGUCUCCCCCAACACCAACUCCGAGAAGAUCUUCUCCAUCUGCGUCAUGCUCAUUGGCUCUCUAAUGUACGCCAGCAUCUUUGGGAAUGUCUCUGCCAUCAUCCAGCGCCUGUACUCCGGCACCGCCCGCUACCACACCCAAAUGUUGCGGGUUCGAGAGUUCAUCCGCUUCCACCAGAUUCCCAACCCGCUCCGGCAGCGGCUGGAGGAGUACUUCCAGCACGCUUGGUCCUACACCAACGGCAUCGACAUGAAUGCGGUUCUGAAGGGCUUCCCGGAGUGCCUGCAGGCUGAUAUCUGCCUGCACCUGAACCGCACCCUCCUGCAGAACUGCAAGGCUUUUAAAGGUUCCACUAAGGGCUGUCUGCGCGCCCUCGCCAUGAAGUUCAAGACCACCCACGCCCCGCCGGGCGACACCCUGGUGCACGCGGGCGACGUGAUCACAGCCCUCUACUUCAUCUCGCGCGGCUCCAUCGAGAUCCUGAGAGGAGAUGUGGUGGUGGCCAUACUGGGGAAGAAUGACAUAUUCGGGGAACCCAUCAAUCUGUAUGCGCGACCCGGGAAGUCGAACGCGGAUGUGAGGGCGCUGACCUACUGCGACCUGCACAAGAUCCACCGCGAGGACGUUCUGGAGGUCCUCGACAUGUACCCCGAGUUCUCCGACCACUUCUGGAGCAACCUGGAGAUCACCUUCAACCUGCGUGACUCUAACAUGAUCCCUGGGUCUCCGAACAGUGAAAAGUCUGAGAGUGGCAGCUUUAGCCGCCUGCGCAGACGCAAGCUGUCCUUCCGCCGUCGGACGGAGAGAGAUGGCGAGAAGGUGGGCGGGGCCAAACAGCCUCAGAGGCCCGUCCGUUGGACCAGGAAGCAGGCUGCGGGAAACCUGGGGGAGGGGCGGAGCGCAGAGCAGGAGGGGCCUCAGAGCUCAGAGUCCUCCCCCUUGCACUCGAUCGGUGAUGAGGGGGAGGAGCCCAUCCUUGUGUGCCCCGCACCUCCCUCUGCACUGCUGGACCUUGCCCAAGGCCAGACCACACCCCCUAACUUCAGUGACGUGGCAGAAGGGGAGGGGGAUCCCAAGAAUGGCAGCACCUGUAAUGUGCUGUCAGAUGCGUUUUCUGGUGUCUCCAACAUCUUCAGCUUUUGGGGGGACAACCCCGGGCGGCAGUACCAGGAGCUGCCCCGAGAAAGUUUGUGCUCCCCUCCCCCGCCAGACACGCCCCUGCGCAACAUCUCCAGGCAACAGCGGAACCAAUUGGAGGGCAGGUUGGAGCAGCUGCAGAAACAGCUCAACAGGUUGGAGACGCGGAUGUCAACGGAUAUUGGCGCCAUCAUGCAGCUGCUGCAGAGGCAGAUGGUCCUGGUGCCUCCGGCCUACAGCACGGUGACCUCUCCGCCCCAGCCCUGCCCCUACCAGCCCCCCGGGGAGAGGCGGGUUCAGCCCGUACCGCCCCUGGAGACAGAGACGCUGGCCUCCCUUUCUCAGGUGCUGGACCCCCAGGGCUCAGAGGGCACCCCGGCCGAGUCCCAUGAGUCUCUGCAGAGCACAGACUCCUCCCCCACCAGUCCCUCUGCAAGACUCCUCUCAGGAAUAUGCGGCCCGCGGCGCGGCUCCGAGACAGGAGCGGGGCUGCAGCCUAGUCGCCGGCUGUCGUUGCCAGGCUGCCACAUGCCCCUGGAGUCACGGACACCACAGCGAUACGGGUCCGACCCCGGAAGCUAGGGGGCAUGGCCUCCGCGUCUGCCCCCUCCCUCACCAAGGCCUGCCAUGGUGUCCAAAAACAUCCCAGCAUCAGGGGAGCCUCACAGGGGACGUAUCGGACGACACAAAACGUGACCA